UAUUGUUGGUUGAAAUGAUUCGAAUUGAUGUUUCAAGAAAGAAUGCGCGCCAAAGGGGUGAUUAUUAUAAUUGUGUCAGUUAUUAUUAUUAUUAUAGUUUCCCCUUUGGUAGAGGCUGUAGAUGCAGACAGAGAUCACCAACAAGUAACUACUCUUGACAAUCGAAUCGAUUCGGAGGAAACUAUGGAUGAUGAUACGGCAGAACUCUUUUGGGUGAAAUGCGGAGCAGAGUUGGGUUAUUCCAUGGAAGAUUUUCACGAUCCUCAUGUCAGGAAAACCAUACUAGAUUGCUUAAGAGAUAAACGAAUCAUGUUAUCGAAAUCCAGAAAAGACAAACUUACAAGAAAGUGGUACAUAGAGUAUUUCGUAUCUUUUCUACCCAAGCCCGGUGACACUUCUGUAAGACGUAGGUUGGCCGAAGGUGUUAGCUCAGGAACCGUCAUCGUUGCUGUCGUCGUUACUGCAGUUGUCACACUUUGUGUUGCUGGCCUUCUUUUUUACUGUUACGUUAGAAAUUUCGGUCUUGCUGGCACGCAAAACGAUGAAAAGUCUCUUGUCAGGUCAACUAGUGGUGAUUCAAAGAAGUCCGAGGGUCAAAAUGGGAACAUAGAGGAUCAAUCAAACGGGCAGAUGGAUGCAAGAGUCAGUGUUGAUUCUGGGCCCCAUGUGAAGGCGGUUCUGGAUCCUUCUGCACACCCUCCGGCCGGAAGGGUACAAUCGUCUUUACGGCAUACUCUGAAACCUAGAGCUGUAAGGGCAGAAUCGUCUUUACGCCCUACCCGAAAGUUGGAUAUUUCUGUACGACAUACUGGUGGAAAGACCGACUCUCCUGUUGGCGGGACAGAAUCGUCUCCACUGCAACCACCGGCAAAUGCAAGUUCUCCGGUUUCUUCUCCCGCCGCCGCCGCUGCUCCUCACUCUCCCGCCGCCACUGCUCCGUCAACUUUCUCUCCCAUAGUUGCCCCGACUCCACCUGGACCUCCGUCUAACCAUCCACCACCUCAAGGAGCAACUCCGCCACCUCAAAGAGAAGCCCCGCCACCUCAAAGAGAAGCCCCACCACCACCGCCGCCGCCUACUGGAGGACAACCUCCUCCACCGCCACCUAUUGGAGGAGCAGGAGCACCGCCGCCGCCACCACCCAACCCUGGAGGUAAUACAAGUGGGCCCCCACCACCGCCUCGACGGUUGGGUGCAAGCAUCAGACCACCACGCCGUGCAGGUGCAGAGCCAGCUGAUGCUUCUAAGGCUAAGUUAAAACCGUUCUUCUGGGAUAAAGUUAUGGCUAAACCCGAUCAACAAAUGGUUUGGGAUAAGAUCAAAUCAGGAUCAUUUCAACUCUUAAUGACCAGGUUCAACGAAGAAAUGAUCGAAAGUUUAUUCGGUUAUCAAGCACCCGGAAAAGAAAACGAUCAAAACACGAAAACCGCUCCAGCAAAAGAAUCACAAUCACAUUUCAUUCAAAUAAUCAAUCCAAAAAAAGCACAAAACUUGUCUAUUCUUCUUAAAGCUUUAAAUGUGACCACAGAAGAAGUUACCGCUGCACUUAUAGAAGGAAACGAGCUUCCUAUAGAAAUAGUUCAAACUUUGCUCAAAAUGGCACCGACCAGCGAAGAAGAACUGAAACUAAGGCUAUACGGUGGGGAUCUUAGCAGGCUUGGACCAGCAGAAAGAUUUUUAAAAGCGCUUGUAGAAAUACCGUAUGCGUUUAAAAGGCUCGAAUCGUUGUUGUUCAUGUGCACGCUUCAAGAUGAGGAAGCAAACAUUAAAGAAUCAUUUGAAACUUUAGAGGCUGCUUGUUUGGAACUCAAAAAAAGCCGAUUAUUCCUCAAACUACUGGAAGCUGUUUUAAAAACAGGGAACCGAAUGAACGUUGGAACAUUUCGCGGCAGUGCAAAAGCAUUCAAACUCGACACACUCUUAAAACUCUCGGACGUCAAAGGAGUCGACGGGAAAACAACACUUUUACACUUCGUAGUUCAAGAAAUCAUGCGGGGCGAAGGCAUACGAGCGUUCCGGGCCGCCAAAGAGGAAAACAAAAGCAUAUGCAGCACGGAAACCAAAGAAAUACUGCUAGCAGCUUCUAGUGAAGAAGCAGAUGAACAUUACUGCAGGCUCGGGGUUGAGGUAGUUUCCGGUUUAAGCCGUGAGCUCGAGAAUGUAACAAAAGCGGCAAUCAUCGAUGCAGACGGGUUAACAAGUUCGGUUACGAAACUCAGCAACGGGCUCGUGAAAGCCCGCGAAUCGUUAAACACGGAUAUGAAAAACUUGGAACAGCAAUCGGAAGAUGCGGAAGGUGACGAGUUCUGGCUUAUUUUAACUGCUUUUGUCGAGACUGCGGAGAAGGAGAUAUCGUGGAUGCUAGAACAAGAAAAGAGAAUAAUGGCUCUUGUGAAAAGCACGGCCGAUUACUUCCAUGGAAACUGCGGUAAAGACGAAGGGUUAAGAUUGUUUUCGGUUGUACGCGAUUUUUUACUCAUUUUAGAAAAGGUUUGUAAAGAGAUACAGGCGGCUCCUAUCAAACCACCAAAGAAGAAAGAUUCAGCCUCAGCCUCAGCCUCCACCGGUCUAAAAACCGAUGAUCAGCAACUCGAUACAAGAGAACACAAACUAACACAAGCCACAAGCAGCGGUCCAGGGCCACCGCCACCACCAUUGCCACCAAAAGCUACAAGCAGCGGUCCGGGGCCACCGCCACCACCAUUGCCGCCAAAGACCACACGGACAGAGGGAUAGCUAUAGUUAUUGUGAAGAUAAUGAUUAGUAAAGAGGUUUGACUCCAUCAAAUUCUGGUUUUUAAAAUGUGCGCAUCAGAAGCGCAAAAUGCGACAUGAUGUGGUCUAAACAGAUAAGAGAUUGAACAAAUCUAAUUAGAGAUGAUGAGAAUAUCUUAUAAUUGAUUUUA